UUUCUGCUUCGAAUUCUUCUUCAGUCCAUUAGAUUACUUUCCUCGUUGAUUUCAAAGCCUAGAGAACCAAAAAUGGAGGAAGCUCAGAAAGAGAACGGAAGCUCAGCGACGACGGUGGAGGAGAGAGAGGAAGAGCCUAUUGUCGGGCCUGGUCCGGCCCCUCGCGCUCGUACCAAGCGCCCUCUCCAAUUCGAGCGAGCCUAUCUCGAUGCUCUUCCCUCGGCCAACAUGUAUGAGAAGAGUUACAUGCAUCGAGAUGUUGUCACACAUGUUGCUGUGUCAGCAGCAGAUUUUUUCAUAACCGGGAGCACCGACGGUCACUUGAAAUUCUGGAAGAAAAAGGCCCUUGGUAUUGAAUUUGCGAAGCAUUUUAGAUCACAUCUUGGAGCAAUUGAAGGGUUGGCUUCUUUCAUUUUUUUUUUAAUUCUGACUAUGCAUGGAAGAUAUGGCUUGUGUAAUAAAGUGGUUUCGGAUCUGCUUCAAGCCAAAGGCCUCAGAUCCGCAUUGGAUUUGCUUCAAAAAUAG